UGUUGAUAGAAAUGCAUUCGCGGAAGAAAGCUAAACAAAAGGUUGUUUAAAAUUGUCCUUCUACUUUUUCUUUUUUGUAGCUAAACAAGAUAAAAGCUCGAAAUCGCCUCCAAAAAACCCAUCGUCUUCACCUUCGUCAAGUGAUUCGUGUCCAGAAUCGGCGAAAGAUUUAUUAAAACAAUUAACAGUUGAAGAUGUUAAAACAUGGCUUCAACAAACAAUGUUUCGUCAUUUAGCUGAAACAUGGUUUAUACACAACGUGAAUGGUAAAGAAUUACUUGAGAUAGCUAAGACGGGACGUUUGACAAACGGUACAUUCGUGUUGUCUGGAUAUGAAUUAAUACAAUUUAAAGAUAUUUUAAAUUGUUUUGGUUUCGAACAAGAACUUGAGUAA